AUGUUGGCUAUCAACUGGACAAGCCUCCACCCCUUCACCUUCAUCAUGCUCGGUAUCCCGGGGUUGGAGGCCGCCCACAUCUGGAUCUCCAUCCCCUUCAGCCUGGUCUACCUGAUGGCCUUGCUGGGGAACUGCAUCUUCCUGUGCCUCAUUAGGACGGACCCCAAGCUCCACCAGCCCAUGUACCUCUUCCUCUCCAUGCUCUCUGCAGUAGACUUGAUGCUCUCCACCUCCGCUUUGCCCAAGCUACUCAGCCUUUUCUGGUUCAACGACAGGGAGAUCUCCUUCGAAGCCUGCCUAACCCAGAUGUUCUUUAUCCACUCACUCUCCAUCAUGGAGUCUGGGUUCUUCCUGGCCAUGGCCUUCGACCGCUACGUCGCCAUCUGCCACCCGCUGAGACACUCCGCCAUCCUGACCCACUCAGUUGUCAGGGGGCUGGGGUUGGCUGUCGCCUUCCGUGGGGUGCUACUGCUUAGCCCCUACCCCUUCCUGCUCAGGUGGCUUCCCUACUGUAGGACCAAUGUCAUCGCCCACACCUACUGCGAGUUCAUGGUGAUCGUCAAGUUGGCCUGUGCUGAGACCAGGGGCAUCCGGGCCUAUGGCCUCAUGGUGGCCUUCUUUACUGGUGGGCUGGACUUCCUUCUGAUUGUCUGUUCGUACGUCCUAAUCCUCCGGGCCGUGUUCCGCCUCCCCUCCAAGGGUGCCCGGCUCAAGACCCUGGGGACUUGCAGCUCCCACAUCUGUGUUGUCCUGCUCUUCUACUUUCCAUGCUUCUUCUCCUUUCUCACACACAGGUUUGGCCACCAAAUCCCCCACCACAUCCACGUCUUCGUGGCCAACAUCUACCUUCUGGUCCCCGCCAUGAUGAACCCCAUCAUCUACGGGGCCAGAACCAAAUGCAUUCGCGAGAGGGUCAUCAAGGUCCUUAUCCAAUAG